AUGCCGAAACCAAACGAAGCUUCAGAUUCUCGAGAACAAACAGUGGAUACAAAUCUCGUUCUCAUACAAGCAUCAUCUGCACUUCAGACAACAACGGCGAGUGUGGCCGCACAGCAAAUCCUGUCCCCGACCAAGUUCCACGUCAGCGAUGAUUACGAUCGUUGGGAAUCACAGGUCAAAGACUACCUCAAAAUGUGGGAACCGGAGAAACGCCAAUACCUACUGCUUACCCUGGCAGAUGAAGCAGUCUAG